UACAUUAACGAAACUUUUGUUUUCGGUUUAGGUAUGAAUGACAGCGUAAAGUGUUUUUCGUGCGGUAUUAGUAUACGUAACUGGGAACAAGGAGACGACCCCUGGAUAGUGCAUGCACAGUCGCUUCCAAAGUGUAACUAUAUUGUAGAAGAGAAAGGACCCGAGUUCAUUGAAGCCCAUGUGAAUCAAGAUGUCGAUCAUCAAAAUGACGAGGAAGAGGAAGAAGAUAACGAACUUAACGGUUUAAUGUCUUGCAAAGUGUGUACGAACAAGAAUACAAACAUGGUGUUCAUACCAUGUAGCCAUAUGGUCACAUGUGAAACUUGCGCACCGGUUGAGUGUCAAAGUGUUGAGUGUCAAACUCCUAUUAUUGAACGCAUAAGAGCAUAUCUGUCGUAAUUAGAUUCAGGUACAUUUAAAAUGAUAAUAAAAAUAAACUGAUGAAGUGUUUGCAAGGUAAUAUUAAAUAAUCAGUAACGAUAUACUUGUCUUAUAAGUUAUGUUAUAAAUGUUUAUAAUCUGGAGGAAUAAAAAAGGAAA